AUGCGAGAGAAGUACCAGAGCAGCAGCAAUACUCUCAUUGUGGGCGUCCCUGCCCAGGAGCAAAAAGGUGCACAGUCCACUGCUUGGAUAACUCUCCUUCCCCAUAACGUGGAAACUACUAGUGGGAUCACAGAACUUAGGAAACACUUUAGUUCACCAGUAUUGAAGGAUAUGAUAAAGGAUACAGAGAAAUAUCAAGUCCUGGGCGGGAUCUGGGAGAGUCCCGAGCUCAGAAGCUUCUGUUUCCUUGCAGUUGAAAUUUGGCGGCGCAGCCCAGAAGCGCGAGGAGGAAGUGGCGGUGGGCGAAGGCCCCGGGCCCCGCGGCGAUGGCGCCGAGACGGUCCGCGCGAGGACAAGCGUUCUUACUCCAUGGAACACUUCCGCUGGGGCAAGCCGGUGGGCAAGAAGCGGCGCCCGGUGAAGGUGUACCCCAACGGGGCCGAGGACGAGUCGGCCCAGGCCUUUCCCCUCGAAUUCAAGAGGGAGUUGACCGGGGAGAGGCUCCAGCAGGCGCCCGGCCCCGAGGCCCAGGCUGAGAGCGCAGCCGCCCGGGCUGAGCUGGAGUACGGCCUGGUGGCGGAGGCUGAGGCGGCCGAGAAGAAGGACGAGGGGCCCUAUAAGAUGGAACACUUCCGCUGGGGCAGCCCGCCCAAGGACAAGCGCUACUGCGGGUUCAUGACCUCCGAGAAGAGCCUAACGCCCUUGUCACGCUGUUCAAAAACGCCAUCAUCAAGAACGCCCACAAGAAGGGCCAGUGAGGGCGCAGCAGGCAGGAGCCUUUCUCCGCGGAAAGUUGACCCCGAAGGCCUCUCUUCUGCUCUCCUGCCGCCUCGCAGCCCGGGUGAGGACUCGCCCAGGCAGUGAUGGCGCCAGGUAUCCCACCUCUGAAAGCUGUCUGUAGUUAAGAAAUAAAACCUUUCAA